GAUCACGUGAGCGGAUAUUGGUCGAAGUUUCUGAUCAGAGAUUUGUGGUCGUUCUGGAGGGAAGCCUCGAUUAUCCAAAGUUGUGUUCUUAUAUGUUUGUUUUAAAUGUCGGACUGGGAAGAUGAGUAUGAUGGUGUGGCGAUUUCAAAGCCGUUACCCGUUGAAACAGUAACGUUACCAGUAAAGUCAUGGAGGCCUCCAUCUCCUAGAGGCGCGCGGAGCCGAGAAACCACGAGUGUCGGCGGCGAGCAAUGGAGAAACUGGAGGGAUCGAGACUCUGAAUCCAAUGUUUGUGAAGGAACAGCCGGUAAAAAUAACAGUCACAGUCGUUCCUGUCGCGGUGGUGGAGACAGAUCAGGCUCAUCACCGACAACUCUCAAUGUGGAAAACUCUUUGGUCGGGAGAAUAAUAGGUCGAGGUGGUGCGAAAAUUCGGGAGCUCGAAGAGGGCAGUGGAGCAUCGAUAAAGAUAAACCGUGGUGCAAAUGAAGCUGAGGUACUUGUCUUUGGAAGCCGUGAUGCUCAGCUCAAAGCCAAAGACAUGAUUGAAGAUCUGGUGCAUGGGAAUUCUGUCAGAGGUCCUGGAUGUGGAAAUGGUAACAGCAAGGCAGGUUAUCAGAAUGACUCCUGCUGGCCAGCUCCUGCUGUACGAGCUGCGGCUGCAGCUGCCCCAUCAGCUGCACCUAUUGACUGGACUGCGCUUAGAGAAAACCGGGACAAAUAUGAAGCUAUGAAAUGGCAAGAUCUUCCCCCUCUCAAGAAGGAUUUCUAUAUUGAAGCAAAAUUAGUGGCAGCUCGCAGUGCAGAAGAAGUCAAAAUCUGGAGAAAGGAGAACAACAACAUCUUUGUGGAUGACUUGAAAGAUGGGGAAAAAAGAACUAUUCCCAAUCCAGUGUGCACUUUUGAGGAGGCUUUUGCUCACUAUCCUGGAAUAAUGGAAAACAUUGUCAGAGUGGGAUUUAAAAAGCCAACUCCCAUUCAGUCACAAGCCUGGCCCAUCGUCCUGAAAGGAACAGAUCUGAUUGGAAUAGCCCAGACGGGAACUGGCAAAACUCUGUCCUACCUGCUUCCUGGCUUUAUUCAUAUGGAUCAGCAACCAGUAAAAAGGGACAAGAGAGAUGGCCCUGGCAUGUUGGUUUUGACUCCCACUCGUGAACUGGCCCUCCAGAUCGAAACUGAGUGUAACAAAUACAGCUACAAAGGAUUUAAAAGCAUCUGUAUCUAUGGAGGAGGUGACAGAAAGGCCCAGAUUAAAGUAGUGACCAGUGGUGUGGACAUUGUCAUUGCCACACCAGGACGAUUAAAUGAUCUGCAGAUGAAUGAGCUCAUCAACUUGCGCUCCAUCACCUAUCUGGUGUUGGAUGAAGCUGAUAGAAUGUUGGACAUGGGCUUUGAACCUCAAAUCAUGAAAAUCAUUCUGGAUAUUCGACCUGACAGACAAACUCUUAUGACUAGUGCCACCUGGCCAACAGGUGUCAGGCGGCUGGCCAAAUCCUACCUGAAAGACCCCAUGAUGGUUUAUGUGGGCACCUUAGAUCUAGCGGCAGUAAACACUGUUCAGCAGACAGUUCUGUUCGUGCAGGAGGAAGAAAAGAAAGCCUACGUUUUUGACUUCAUUGACCGAAUGGAGCCUCAGGACAAAGUACUAAUAUUUGUUGGGAAAAAAGUAAAAGCCGAUGACCUCUCCAGUGACCUGUGUCUGCAGGGUGCAGCGGUUCAAUCUCUGCAUGGAGACCGAGAGCAGUGUGACAGAGAAGAGGCACUGCAGGACUUUAGAGAUGGUCGUGUGCGCAUUCUGGUGGCGACUGACCUGGCCUCGCGUGGGCUAGAUGUUCAUGACAUCACGCAUGUUUUCAACUAUGACUUCCCUCGGAAUGUGGAAGAGUAUGUGCACCGCAUCGGGAGAACAGGUCGAGCAGGGAGGUCCGGUGCAUCCAUAACCCUGGUAACAAGAGAGGACUGGAAAGUAGCUUCUGAGCUGAUCACCAUCCUGGAGAGAUCUGGUCAGGAUGUACCAGAAGAACUGAUACUGAUGGCUGAACGUUAUGAAAAGCACCAGAGGGAGAAAGCAAUGUUUGCGCCCAGAGGCAGAGGAGGAGGAGGAGGAGGAGGAAGAGGAGGGGGAGGAUGGAGAGGUAGUUUUAGAGGAGGCUCAGAUCGGCGGUUCUGAUUGCUUGAAAGGUUGAUGUCACUAUACUCACUGGAGUUCAUUCAUAAGCUUUUAAAGUGUUAAUCCUCUCAUUUGUAGAGAGCCUGUAAAGUCCUUGUAACUGACUAUUUAAGUUUUGUUAUGUUUAAGAAACACUGAUUCAUUUUGAAUGCAUGAUAUAUUUCUUUAAUAGGAUUUUUUUCCCCCAGUUCAGUAUUUUUUUUAUUGUUAUCCUACAUUGAUGUGAGGUAAAAUACCUCCAGUUGUAGAUUAUGUAACAGUCUUGUUCAGCUUAAUGCAUAUCAAAUAAAAGCCUAUAAAACUAUU